AUGAACCCUUACGUACUCACAAUCCUACUCUCUAGCCUCGGCCUAGGGACUACAAUAACCUUUGCAAGCUCCCACUGACUGCUAGCAUGAAUGGGCUUGGAAAUUAACACCCUUGCCAUCGUCCCCAUAAUAGCCUACCAGCACCACCCCCGUGCCGUAGAAGCCACGACCAAAUAUUUCCUCACACAAGCCACAGCAGCAGCUAUGCUUCUAUUUGCUAGCACUACCAACGCAUGAAUCACCGGGCAAUGAGAGAUCACCCAGCUCUCCCACCCCAUCGCCUCUUCCAUCGCCAUUACAGCUUUGGCACUAAAAAUUGGCCUAGCCCCCAUACACUUCUGGCUUCCCGAAGUUCUCCAAGGAAUCACGCUAACCACAGGGCUAGUAUUGUCCACUUGACAAAAACUAGCCCCAUUUGCACUAAUCCUUCAAAUUGCGGACAACGCCCACCCUUACUUACUUACAACAUUAGCAAUCUCUUCCACACUAGUAGGAGGAUGAGGGGGACUUAAUCAAACCCAACUGCGCAAAAUCCUAGCAUAUUCCUCAAUCGCACAUCUAGGAUGGAUAAUUCUAGUAGCCCAAAUGGCCCCCCAAAUAACACUGAUAGCCCUGGUUACCUAUAUUGCCAUAACAACAGCCGCCUUCCUCACCCUAAACAAUGUGGGCUCGACCAAAACUAUUACCCUAACCUCCGCCUGAACUAAAGCCCCCACCCUGACCGCGCUGGCCUGCCUCAUUCUUCUCUCCCUGGGAGGUUUACCCCCACUAACAGGAUUCAUGCCUAAAUGACUAAUUCUCCAAGAAGUUUCCAGCCAAGNGUUUCCCCUCACGGCCACCGUAAUAGCCCUCACAGCCCUAUUGAGUCUUUACUUCUACCUUCGACUAAGCUACGCCAUAACCCUUACCCUCUCCCCCUAUACCACUAACUCCACGGCCCCUUGACGGACCACAACUAAACAACCUUCCCUCCCCUUGUCCGCAGCCAUCAUUUCAUCAACCUCCCUCCUCCCUCUCACCCCAACCGCCCUGGCCCUUUUAGCCU